ACUGGCUUAGACUAUUCAACAAUCUAGGUAGUCAUUACCUAUUGGUAUUUGUUCGACGAUACUAGAUUCCGAGGUGAGAGAUCAACAUGUCGAAAACUGAGACGGUUGACUCAACAAGUGAUAAUGAACGUUCUAAAUCUAUAACGCCGAUUUUAGAAAAGAAAAUGCAAUUAUUUGAUGGGUAUCAAGAUAAAACUGAUGAAGUGAAGGCCCAAUUUGUGGUUCUUCCAGAAAACCGGUAUAUCAGUAGACUGAAAAAUGUCUACUCAGCAUCAAACGAAUUCAUGACCUGUGACUGCGAAGAGGAAGUUGUUAAUGGUCUCAACAUCGCUUGUGGUCCCGAGUCAGAUUGCAUUAAUAGAUUAACAAAUAUUGAAUGUGUAGAUGACCAGUGUGGAUGUGGUGAUUAUUGCUUGAAUCAGCGGUUUCAGCGAAGAGAAUAUGCAAAUAUUUCAAUAUUCCUAACUGCCGAAAAAGGAUACGGUAUGAGAGCUAAUGUGGAAAUUCCUGCCCAUAGUUUCAUAAUUGAAUACAUGGGAGAAAUUGUAGAUAGUGAAGAAUACAAGGUGAGAAAGCAAAACUACGAUGCAGAAGGAAUAAAGCAUUUUUACUUCAUGAUGAUCCAGGAUAAUGAAAUCAUUGACGCAACUAAGAAGGCCAGUUUGGGAAGAUAUUGCAAUCAUUCCUGUGAUCCGAAUGCCUACAUUGAAAAGUGGGUUGUUAAUAAAAGGUUCAGAAUGGGAAUAUUUGCCAAGAGAACGAUCAAUAAAGGAGAGGAAAUUUGUUUUGACUAUAAUGUAGACCGAUACGGUGCACAACCUCAGAAAUGCUUUUGUGGAGCCGCAAAUUGUCUUGGUGUCAUGGGUGGUAAAACGCAAAGUGAAACUGUAAGACUCCUACCUCAUAUUAUUACUGAAGCCUUAGGUGUCCGUGCAAGUGAUGAAAAAAAAUGGCUCAAAGAACAAAAGAAGAAUGGUGUUAAAGUUACCAAUGACAACGUUGACUCUAAUGUCAAUGUAGAGUUUGUGAAAGCUUUAGAAUUAAAGCCCCUUGAUACAUCUGAUGUUGGAAAAAUUUCAAGUUGCUUGAUGCAGCCAGACUUGGAUUUGAUAGUUAUAAAACGUAUCUUGGAAAGAUUUGGUAUGGCUUUUGAUGAUGAUCUUGAAGGCUUACUUUUUAGGCUCAACAGAUUUCAUGGGAUGCAAGCGUUAGGGCAUGCUUUGAAAACUGUACUUCUAGGAGUUGGUGAAAAAGAUGCACUUGGCGCUGAUCAGAUGAACGUUUUGGACAUGACCAUAUAUUUAUUUGAGCAUUGGCCAAAGCUUAAAUCGAAAAACUCGAUUCAAGCCGGUGAAGUUGAAGAAUUAUUGAGGAAGUUUGAAACCAAAAAUCUCUCCGGAAAUAUGAAUUCUAGAAUCGACCAUUUACUAGAAGAGUGGUCAACCCUUGAGGUGGUGUACAGAAUCCCUAAGAAGCUCGAGAAAAGUGAGUCACAGAAAGUGCUUGAUGAUAGAAGGAGCCGCUCAGGAAAUGCCCCAAGCACCGGCAAUAAACUUCCAACUGGACCUGCAUCUUUGAUUAAGCAACCUUGGGGUGACCUCGAUGUAUCUAAGCUGCCAGAAAAUAGAAAGUUGGAUGGUUGUCCCUUACCCCCUGGGUGGGAAUGGGCGCUAGAUCCUACUACACAAACAAGAUACUAUUUUAACAGGCUUAUGAAUUCCACCCAAUGGGAGAAACCAGAGUGGCCGAUGGAUAAAGUGACUAAAGAGGACGAAGAAAGGCGGAAGCGCAAAGAGCGUGAUAGGGAAAGAGAAAAGGCUAGGGAGCUGAGGGACCUGAAAGUUUUAGAAAAAGAACGUGCACUGAAAAGACAAUCGGAGUUGAAACAGGAGGAAGAAAAACUGAACAUGUUAUCCAGUAUCAUUGCUGAAGCUUCUAGAAGCGGGAGUGAUGAGAACGAGCAGUCCAAGACAAAAAAAUCUAGAGCAAUAUUAAAAUCUAAGUCUAGAUCGAAGAGUAAUGCCAGUCGUGGUGAGAAGGCAGUUCGGAUGAGUGAUCAAGAAAAUGAGAAGAAGCGUGCAUCAUCCAAUUCGACUGGUGAGAAAGAGCACAAACGCUCUAGUGGAAACCACUCUUUGGAUAAGAAAUGGAUGAGUUUGUUUGCAUCUUAUGUCCCUAACAUACUGAAAAGGUAUGAAUCGGAAAUUGGCAGGGAUAACCUGAAAAACUGCGCAAGAGACAUUGUACACCAUCUUACAAAAAAGGAAGAGAAAAGGCACGAAGGAGAGGCUGCUCCAUCCACAUUGUCUGAUGAACGGAAGAUUAAAAUUAAAGCAUUUUCCAAAGAGUAUAUGGCCAAGUUUAUGCAAAAGUUUGAGGAAAAGAAGAAAAAAAAGCUUGAGCUUUCUAACCCACCUUCUAAAAGAGCAAAACUUUAAGUUUUGCUCAAUUCCAGGGUUAUGAAUGUAAAAUUCAGCCACAAAAGUGCGUCCUAUUAGAGUAUAUUAUACCGUGUAUUAAUAAUUUAUAAAUUAUAGAAGAAAAAGUUCUUAAAGUUUAACUAAAGCUUUUCAAAAGCCUUGCCGACAA